UUGGGGGAAUGGCUCUUCUCUGCACCUUCUGAGUUAGCCUUCUGCAUCCAAAGCUGUGGUGCCCAACUGUUGGUCUUCCAACUGUUUGAGACUUCAACUCCCCGGUGGGAAUGGUGACGGGGAUGCCUCGCUGAGAGAGAGCUCUCUCAGGGAGGACCUGUGUUGUAGUGGCAAGGUUGAGCUUUAGUUCCCCACCUUCAGCCGGAUUGAAGGCGAAGGUGAUCGCAAAUCCCCUAGGCACUUUGAAGACCCCAAGAGAUUCCCUCCCUCAAAGGGGGAGUCCAAGAGGGUUCAAAGCUGCCAAAAGGGGAGCGGGCUGCUCCACAGGAUCGAGCUCGUCUGAGCUCGUCCAACCGCCUCCACCCCAUUUUUAAUAAGAAUUGGAAAGAAGAACUCUCCUUUUUUUUUGGAGAUAAGGGGACUGCAAUCCGGAAAGAAGAAAUUCCAUCUUCAAGAUCACACCAUGAAAGACUAAUAACAGCGAGGAGACAAGUAUGGCACCCAAAAACGCUCCAGCGGCCAAGAAAGAAGCAAAGAAGCCGGACAAAGAUGCAAAAGAUGACAAAGCAAAAGAUGCAAAAGAUGACAAAGCAAAAGAUGCAAAAGAUGACAAAGCAAAAGAUGCAAAAGAUGACAAAGCAAAAGAUGGAAAAGAUGUAAAAGAAUCAAAAUUUCGACAGAAAAUUCAACAAAUCAAAGCAUUCCUUCAUAGACCCGUGGCAUACUUGCUGGCUUGCAUAUUUGUCUUUUUCAUCUAUAUCAUCGCAAUUAUAAUGCUUUUUUUGGCCUUUUAUGAAUGGAAUAAAACAGCCAACUUACGUCGUGCAACGGAGAUGGUUAGAGAAUUUAUGAUUGCAAGAAAUGCAUCCUACCUUGAGAUGAGUGAUGUUGAUAUACUGAUAGAAGCGAAUAAGUAUGCAGAAAUACUGGCUAAUUCAUCCAAGAUGCUUGAUGAAUUCGAUAUUGACAUAGAGGACGCCCGUUACCGAUUGAACCAUGACUGGGUAGCCCAUAAACAUAAGAUGUAUGUAUUCAGAGAUAGGCUAGUAACAAUUGACCAAGCGAAAGAAAUGUGUAAAUUUGAGUGGGCUCCAAUGGUAAAGAUUGAAAGUGAUGAGGAAGAGCAAUUCAUUGAAGAUUACAUUCGCGAGAGAGACAGCCAUUACUGGCUUUCCCUCCGGUGGAAGACAGGUAACGAGUAUUACUGGGAUUCAGACGGAACGGACCUGCCACCAGGAACCGGCUAUUGGAUGGAUGGCAGCACUCCAUGGGGAAGCGAUAGUGAGGCAUGUGUUCAUGUGAAAAUGAAAUGCGAUACUCCAUUACGAUGUUGGGAGAAAGGAGACUGUGGUAUAAAAAGAAGAACCUUUUGUAAGGUUAAGGCGAACCCAAGGUGGCUGACUUGACUGCGCAUCUGAAGACAAACGUCCCUGUAUUCCACGAUUGUUGUGAAAGAAACGAGGACACCACUGUAUCGGGACACAGAAGCCACAGCCAGCUGACCAGGAUAUUAAACACAAACAUAAAAAAGA